GUCAAUACCAUGCCCCGUAGGACCAGAUUCUUCGAUUCCAGCAUAUUCCUAAGUUAAAUCCGACACAAUCGGAUAAUCUCGUCAACCACUCACAACACGCCACGUAAUCAAUGAUGUGGAACCCAUGCCACGUUGGACACGGUCUCACGGGACAAGGCUUCAGUAAAGAGCGCCUAUCGUCCGUCCGACUUGUUUAUUUUCCACGUGUUAAUCUUCCAGAAUAAUCAGAAAGAGAAUUAAAAAAAUAAAACAAUCCAAAUUAAUCUCAGCCGUCAAUUUCUCUUCUUCUUCUUCCCAAAUUCUCUCAACAGAUAGAGAAAACCUUAUUAGCAGCACUCUCACGAAAUCGUCGUGACGAAACGAUAAACCCUAAGUCAUGGUAAAGGAAACUCUAAUUCCUCCGUCAUCUACGUCAAUGACGACCGGAACAUCUUCUUCUUCGUCUCUUUCAAUGACGUUAUCCUCAACAAACGCGUUAUCGUUUUUGUCGAAAGGAUGGAGAGAGGUAUGGGAUUCAGCAGAUGCGGAUUUGCAGCUGAUGCGAGACAGAGCUAACUCUGUUAAGAAUCUAGCAUCAACGUUCGAUAGAGAGAUCGAGAAUUUCCUCAAUAACUCGGCGAGGUCUGCGUUUCCCGUUGGUUCACCAUCGGCGUCGUCUUUCUCAAAUGAAAUUGGUAUCAUGAAGAAGCUUCAGCCGAAGAUUUCGGAGUUUCGUAGGGUUUAUUCGGCGCCGGAGAUUAGUCGCAAGGUUAUGGAGAGAUGGGGACCUGCGAGAGCGAAGCUUGGAAUGGAUCUAUCGGCGAUUAAGAAGGCGAUUGUGUCUGAGAUGGAAUUGGAUGAGCGUCAGGGAGUUUUGGAGAUGAGUAGAUUGAGGAGACGGCGUAAUAGUGAUAGGGUUAGGUUUACGGAGUUUUUCGCGGAGGCUGAGAGAGAUGGAGAAGCUUAUUUCGGUGAUUGGGAACCGAUUAGGUCUUUGAAGAGUAGAUUUAAAGAGUUUGAGAAACGAAGCUCGUUAGAAAUAUUGAGUGGAUUCAAGAACAGUGAAUUUGUUGAGAAGCUCAAAACCAGCUUUAAAUCAAUUUACAAAGAAACUGAUGAGGCUAAGGAUGUCCCUCCGUUGGAUGUACCUGAACUGUUGGCAUGUUUGGUUAGACAAUCUGAACCUUUUCUUGAUCAGAUUGGUGUUAGAAAGGAUACAUGUGACCGAAUAGUAGAAAGCCUUUGCAAAUGCAAGAGCCAACAACUUUGGCGUCUGCCAUCUGCACAAGCAUCCGAUUUAAUUGAAAAUGAUAACCAUGGAGUUGAUUUGGAUAUGAGGAUAGCCAGUGUUCUUCAAAGCACAGGACACCAUUAUGAUGGUGGGUUUUGGACUGAUUUUGUGAAGCCUGAGACACCGGAAAACAAAAGGCAUGUGGCAAUUGUUACAACAGCUAGUCUUCCUUGGAUGACCGGAACAGCUGUAAAUCCGCUAUUCAGAGCGGCGUAUUUGGCAAAAGCUGCAAAACAGAGUGUUACUCUCGUGGUUCCUUGGCUCUGCGAAUCUGAUCAAGAACUAGUGUAUCCAAACAAUCUCACCUUCAGCUCACCUGAAGAACAAGAGAGUUAUAUACGUAAAUGGUUGGAGGAAAGGAUUGGUUUCAAGGCUGAUUUUAAAAUCUCCUUUUACCCAGGAAAGUUUUCAAAAGAAAGGCGCAGCAUAUUUCCUGCUGGUGACACUUCUCAAUUUAUAUCGUCAAAAGAUGCUGACAUUGCUAUACUUGAAGAACCUGAACAUCUCAACUGGUAUUAUCACGGCAAGCGUUGGACUGAUAAAUUCAACCAUGUUGUUGGAAUUGUCCACACAAACUACUUAGAGUACAUCAAGAGGGAGAAGAAUGGAGCUCUUCAAGCAUUUUUUGUGAACCAUGUAAACAAUUGGGUCACACGAGCGUAUUGUGACAAGGUUCUUCGCCUCUCUGCGGCAACACAAGAUUUACCAAAGUCUGUUGUAUGCAAUGUCCAUGGUGUCAAUCCCAAGUUCCUUAUGAUUGGGGAGAAAAUUGCUGAAGAGAGAUCCCGUGGUGAACAAGCUUUCUCAAAAGGUGCAUACUUCUUAGGAAAAAUGGUGUGGGCUAAAGGAUACAGAGAACUAAUAGAUCUGAUGGCUAAACACAAAAGCGAACUUGGGAGCUUCAAUCUAGAUGUAUAUGGGAACGGUGAAGAUGCAGUCGAGGUCCAACGUGCAGCAAAGAAACAUGACUUGAAUCUCAAUUUCCUCAAAGGAAGGGACCACGCUGACGAUGCUCUUCACAAGUACAAAGUGUUCAUAAACCCCAGCAUCAGCGAUGUUCUAUGCACAGCAACCGCAGAAGCACUAGCCAUGGGGAAGUUUGUGGUGUGUGCAGAUCACCCUUCAAACGAAUUCUUUAGAUCAUUCCCGAACUGCUUAACUUACAAAACAUCCGAAGACUUUGUGUCCAAAGUGCAAGAAGCAAUGACGAAAGAGCCACUACCUCUCACUCCUGAACAAAUGUACAAUCUCUCUUGGGAAGCAGCAACACAGAGGUUCAUGGAGUAUUCAGAUCUCGAUAAGAUCUUAAACAAUGGAGAGGGAGGAAGGAAGAUGCGAAAAUCAAGAUCGGUUCCGAGCUUUAACGAGGUGGUCGAUGGAGGAUUGGCAUUCUCACACUAUGUUCUAACAGGGAACGAUUUCUUGAGACUAUGCACUGGAGCAACACCAAGAACAAAAGACUAUGAUAAUCAACAUUGCAAGGAUCUGAAUCUCGUACCACCUCACGUUCACAAGCCAAUCUUCGGCUGGUAGAUAUUUCCCCAUAGGCCACCCAGUUAUUGCUUGUGACUUAUUAAACCACUACGUUAUUGUUAUCCUUUUUUACUUUUACAGUUGUUGUAGGUCGUUUGUUUGUUAAUAGAAAGGGUAGAUUAUUAUUAGAUGUCUUUUUGUAAAAUAUCAAUACGAAGCGUAUUUGAUGAUAUAUAAAAUAACUAUAUUGGCAAAAAUAUGAACUAUGAAGGCCGUUUUCGUGA